AUGGAUUCUGGCUCUUCAGACUUGCAAGACCUAAUGGUAAAACGCAGUUCUAUUAAGGGUCAAAUUACAAAAUUUAAAAAUUAUAUAGUCAGUAUUUCGUGUAAGGAGAUAUUAACUCCAUUAGAGUUUAGUGAAUUAACAAUUAAGCUCAGUAGAUUUGAAUCACUUUCUAGCCGGUUUGAUACAUUGCAAAAUCGAAUAGAGGUUUUAAAUUCCAGUAAUUUAGAUAGUGAGAUAGAUGAGAGGGAUGAUAUGGAACAGUUAUUUGUGACUAAUACGGCCGUUGCUCAGAGUAUUAUUCAGAAACAUCAACAAAAUAACCAUAGAGAUGAUAGUAAUUAUAAAGACCUGAAUUCUACUCAAAUGUCGUCUCCCGCUGGUCAGCAUGAAUUGGGAUUUAAAAUACCACACGUACAAAUUGCCAAGUAUGAUGGGACCUACUUCCGGUGGCUUGAAUUUAAGGACACAUUCUUGUCUAUUAUUCAUAAUAAUGAGCGUAUUGCACCAAUUCACAAAUUUUAUUAUUUAACUUCUUAUUUAGAAGGAGAUGCAGCUCGUGUAAUAUCUAAUUUGGAAGUAUCUAGUAAUAAUUACGAAACGGCUUGGAAUUUAUUGUGUGAGCGGUAUGACAAUAAACGCCAGUUAAUCAAACAUCAUUUAGAUUCGUUAUUGAACCUUCAAAACAUAGUCCGUGAAUCUGAUAAGGCACUUAGAUUUUUAGUUGAUCAUGUGACAAAGAAUUUACGAGCAUUGGGCAACUUGGGUCAACCCACGGACAAGUGGGAUAUUUUAAUCAUACACAUCAUGAGUUCAAAAUUAGAUAAUAAUACUCUUCGAAAAUGGGAGGAAUGGCGUGGUACAUUGGAUGACAUUCCUAAUUUAAAACAAUUUAGUAAGUUUUUAAUCGAUCGUGCUGACGUUCUAGAAUCAUUAAGUCGUAGCUCUACCAGUAAUAAAUUUAUUUCUUUGCCAAAGGGAUCUAACUCCAAAUUUGAAAGACCACAUAUUAAAUCGUUUGCUUGCACCAACGAAGUAAGUGCUCCUUCUAUAUCUUGCGUUAUAUGUAAUGGAAAGCACCGCAUUUAUGACUGCACUUCCUUUAAAGCUAAGGACAUAGAAGAACGUAUAAAUGAAGUACAUAAGUUAAAAUUAUGUAGCAAUUGCUUAAGGUCGGGUCACGCAACACGAAACUGUCGCUUGGGACCUUGUCGCAUUUGCAAAAGGAGGCACAAUAGUUUAUUACAUCGCUCAGUCACUGACGUAAGUACAUCUUCCUCACCACCGCAAUCCUCUCAUAACGCUACUGAUACAAUUGUUAAUUUGGCAAAUGAAAAUGUCUCUCAAGUCUUAUUGUCCACUGCUUUAAUAGAAGUAGUUAAUCCGAUUACACUCCAAAAGGAAAGAGUCCGUGCAUUGUUAGAUUGCGGCAGCCAAUCAUCCUUCAUGACGAAUAAUCUAAAAAAUAGAUUGUCAUUAAAAUCAAAUAGUAAUCAGUUGGUUAAUGUUAUUAGCGUAGGUAAUAAUGUUUUUAAUAAGGUUACAGAAACUUGUGUGGCGCAGUUGAAAUCUUUAACAAAGCCAUUUAACGUCACAUUGGGUUUCCUAAUAUUACCAGAAAUAACAGGCGAUUUACCUAAGGCAAAAAUAGACAUAAAUAAUAUUAAUUUGCCUAACAAUGUUAUCCUUGCUGACCCUAACUUCAACCAUCCAGCACCCAUUGAAAUCCUAAUUGGUGCCGAUAUUUUUUGGGAUAUCCUAGGUUGUGAGCAGCAUUCCUUAGGUCCGAAGCACCCUAAAUUAAGGAAUUCCCAAUUUGGUUGGUUAAUCUCUGGUCCCAUUUAUACCAACUUCUGUUACAAACAAGCUAGUACUCAAUGCCAUCAUACCGUAACUACAAAACCAGAUGAUAACAUUCAUCAAGAGCUCACUAAGUUUUGGGAAAUCGAAGAGGUUUCACUAAAAUCACUACUUAGCGAAGAGGAGAAGGCAUGCGAAAGGCAUUUUUUAUCACAUACUACUAGAUUAAAUACAGGUCGUUUUUGCGUUCAUCUUCCUGUAAAGGAUUCUCCUGAUUGUUUAGGCGAAUCAUAUACCUUGGCUAAAAGGCGUUUAGUAAGUUUAGAAAGAAAAUUCAGAAAGCAAUCAAGUUUGAAGACACAAUAUAUUGAAUUUAUGCGAGAAUACUCAGAAUUGGGACAUCUCUCCGAAUGUACAUUAACUGAAUAUGAUGAAGCUUAUUUUUUAUGUCAUCAUGCUGUGUUUAAAGACACAAGUGAAUCGACGAAAAUAAGGGUUGUGUUUGAUGGUUCUGCUCCAUCGUCUUCAGGCCAGUCUAUCAAUGACCUUCUUAUGGUGGGGCCCAAUAUGCAGGAUACACUUUUUUCUAUUUUAAUUAGAGCUCGUCAACAUAAGUAUCUCCUUACUGGAGAUGUAGAAAAAAUGUAUCGACAAAUUCAAGUAGCUAAGAGAGAUCGCAAGUUUCAAUUGGUUUUAUGGAGGGAAGACGAGUCUGAGCCUAUUAAGGCCUAUGAACUUAAUACCGUAACAUACGGAAUGGCUAGCUCAAGUUAUUUAAGUACACGCUGUUUAUGGCAAUUAGGGGAAGAAAGUCCAGAUAAAAAAGUAAAAACCAUUAUACAACGAGAUUUUUACAUCGAUGAUCUAAUUACUGGAGCUGAAAAUGAACAUGAUUUGCGUUACAUUCACAAAGCUGUUUCCGAGGUCCUUCAAAAAGGUUGUUUUAAUCUUAGGAAGUUUAAAACCAAUUUACCGUCUAUUGUGCAAAACAAUUCAAAUAAUGAUGAUUUAUCAUUCAGUGAGUCAACAAGUACCUUGGGAAUUGGUUGGAAUCCGCCCACUGACACACUUCAUUUUCCUAUUAAAUUUCCAUGCUCUGUGGAAACCGCUAAUUUAAGUAAGCGUGCAGUACUUUCCUCUAUAUUUAGAAUAUUCGAUCCAUUAGGUUUAUUAAGUCCAUGUGUAGUAAGAGCUAAAAUUAUCUUGCAGCAAAUUUGGUUAUUAAAGGUCGGUUGGGAUGAACCAGUACCUGACAAUAUACAAAUGGAAUGGAACGGUUCCUGCCAUUACCGAGGAGGAGUUCGUCGCGGCCGUGGAUAA